AUGGCCUCUGGCAUAAACAAGAUUCGUCAGCCAGGGACUUGCAACGGAUCUAAAGCCGCUCGGAGCAGCUCGGCAGAGGGAUGCAGUCAGGAAAUGCACGUGAAAAUGUGCAAGAAGAUCGCCCAGCUCACGAAGGUGAUAUAUGCCCUGAACACUAAGAAUGAUGAACAUGAGGCUAGUAUACAGGCUCUGAGAGAAGCUCAUGAAGAAGAAAUUCAGCACAUUCUUGCUGAAAAAAGGGAAACGAUUCUCCAGUGUAAAAGCAAAGUUGAAGACGAAAAAUUUCUGAGAAAACGUAUUCAGGCCCUUGAAAUUGCAGUAGAACAGCACAAGAGACUGAAGGAAGAAGCCAUGGCAGAGUUAACAUUGUACAAGAAGCAGGUGGAAGAGAAGGAGCUGAGAACAGAAGCGAAACAAGCACCAACCAUCCUUUCUACAGAAGCAGUAGAUACCAAAGCAGACUUUGAAAACAAGCUUCUACAUUUAAAUCAGGAGUCUGAUGGAUUGCUAAAUGACUGCAAAGCAUCUAGGAGAGAAAAUCUAGAUAAAAAAGUAAUUUUAGAUGAAAAAUAUACUGUGGAAGGACAAGAUCUAAUAAAUGAGAUGGAAAACCUGAACAGUGAGAAUCAGAAAGCAACUGAAGAAUAUACUCAGAAAACAAGCAAACUGCAAGCCUCUUACGAGAGAGAGACUUUGAAAAAGGCUAUGCAGCAAUCUAUGAUAGAAACUAAGAAUUGUCAGCAAAGAGAAAUGGAGCAAAGGAAGAGCUCAGAGACUGAGGAAGGUUUUUUGCUGCAGCAGGUAAAGAAGCUGGAGGCAGACCUAGAGGAGAAAAACCAGAAGAUAAAUGAGAAGAAGAAGCAUUCCCAGAAGCUGAAGGAGAGAAUACAGGAUUUGGAAGUGUAGCUUAAGGGAACACAAGAAGAAAUUCUGGGAUCAAAAAGCAGAGUGAAAAAAGUGGAGGAAUAUCUAAGUGUAGCCAAAGAGAGAAAUAUACUUCAAGAGAAGGAAAUCCUGCAAAAAGCAGGCAAGCAACAGUCUCAUAAGGAAAAGAUUUGUUUGAAGGAAUAGCUGUUAAAAGGGCUGGAAGGUCUUGUAAUGAAGCAUACAAAGGAAAUCAAGCCAGUCUAAAACUUCAUGGAAGCUGAAAGAAAAAAAAUGCAGAAGGAGCUCCAGACACAGCUAGAGGAAUUUAAAAGAAAAUCUGAGUGUGAACUAAAGCAACUAGAGAAAGAGAAAGAAGUCCUAACUGGGAAACUUCAAAACUCUUCACUUGAGGUUUUGAGGCUCCAAGAUUUUAUUAAGCAAAAUGAGGAUAUUCCCAAAUAUACAAAAUUUCUUCAGUCUAGUUCAAGAAAAAGUCUUCAAGAAAUCAAAAGGCUUAUGAAAAGACGCAGUUAUUCCUCAGGUUUUGCAGAUGGAAAAAGUAAGGCAGGAGAAAGAAGCAGAUGGCAAGAAAUGGUAAAAGCAGAAAUCAGGACUAGAAGUGAAGACAGGUCAAGGUACAACAUCGUUGAAGGUUGUGGUCAUAAAGAGGGAGUACUGAAUAUCCUUUCUCCAAAAGGAGUUGAAACCCUGGGAACUGAUGCAAACCCUGUGGUGGCUCAGCUGAAACAAAUAUUAGACCAGCAAGCAAAUAAUUUCAAGGAGUCACUGAGGAAACAUAAUCUACAGUCCAACAAAGAAAAAGAGAAGCUUCUGCAGGAUCUUCAAAAUACCAUUAAAGAAAACCAGAAUGUUAAACUGCAGUUGGAGGCAUCACAUCAAAAGGUCUUAAAAAUGUUGGAGAAAAGCAAAAAUCAGGAACUCAAGGAGGCAGAAGAACGUUUGAAAAAGGAAUUUAAUGAGACUUUAAAGAUCCAACAUCAGUCUCAUAGGCUGGAAAUACAAACCUUGGAAGAGAAAGCAAAGAAAGAAUUACAUGAUGAACUCGAACAGAUACAGAAGCAGCAAACUCUGUUGCUAGGAUCUCUAAGGAUGGAACUCUCUGAGCAACAAACACUGUGCACCAAUCUCAAGAAACAAAUAGAUGAACUCCAAACGGAGCUGAGGAGUGUGAGGACACUGAAGAAGCAUCAGGAAGGAAGUAGCCAGAGCCAGAUCAGAUCUCUUCAUGAUGAACUGGAAAAAUGUCAGAGUGAAAUUUCCGAACUCAAGAAAGAGAAUUUACUUUUGAAGGAUACAAUGGAGCUACUCAGUGCUGAGUUGGAAUCGCAGAAGCAAGAAGCUGCACAGCUUCAGGACAGGGAAAAACAGCACAGGAGGACCAAUAAUUUGUAUAGGGGAAUAGUUAAAUUGGAAAGGCUACUGGUAGAAGACCUCAAUAUCAAGCAUAAAAAAGAACUGGACAUACUGAAACAAGAUCAGCAGAAGGAAAUGGAAAACAUAUUAUCUGAUUUCAGCAGCACUCAGGCACAUCUCCAAGCAAAGAUUUUCUCCUUAGAGACUAAACUUAAAGAAUUAGAAGAAAAGACAAGAAAGAGGGAGUCCAGAUCAGAAGAUACACACCUUAUAAGCUGUCUGCAAGACAAAUUAAGUGAGAGAGAAGAGAUUAUCAAGCAGCUGGCGGAAGGAAGAAAAUUUCAGCAUUCACUUUUAGCCAACACUGAAUCUUACAGGAAUCGAUCAUUUUCUUUCAACCCUAAUACAGUAUGUUUGUCUCCUUCCAUGAAGCAGAAGAAAACAGCUGAAGCGCCCAGUCGCGUUGUCAGUGUUCCGAAUUUAGCUUCCUAUGCAAAGAGCUUUUUGAGCUGUGACUUGAGAUCAAAAAGAAGUGCUCCUCAAAUAACAAAAUCUACAAGCUUAGACCGGAGUCCUGGCUGCCUCAGUGUGAGAUCUCCAUCAGCACAGUCCUCCGACAGCAGCGCUGCCACCAGGACACAAGGCAAUGAAUCGCCACGAACCAAAGAUGACCAAACCCAAGACCCUCAGCAUCAAGAAUGGUUUACUAAGUAUUUUUCAUUCUAA